UACAAAAUUUUUCAUGUAUUAAAGAGUGAGUACUUCCUACACUUCAUAUAAAAGCUACUAUAACACCUCAUACGACAGUUAUUAACUUUUUAUCGACUAAACGAGGCAGUCCUAAACACUGCAGUGAAAUAUAAUAAAAACGAUUUAAAUUUUUGUAUAAGAAACAUAAAUAAUAAAUAAUUACUUAUAUAUUCUAACUGAGCGAAAGUGAUACGAAAUGAAAUUAAUUCUUCUGGGAUUGCUUGCGGCAAUAGCCGUAACUGAAGGUCAGAUCGCAAAGAAUACAUGCAAGCAAGCCGGUUACUUUGCAUUCGUUGAUAAUAUGCCAGCCUUUUAUGGCUGCUAUCUCAAUGAAGAUGGUAGUUUCACCAUUAAAUAUCUGACAUGUUCAAGUGGAUACGUUUUCAACCAAGAAGCCGGUUCUUGUGUGCUGAAAAAUGCCGAAGUUUCCUCAAGUACAACUGCACAGCCCGUUGAAAGUACUACUACUUCAACUACAGUGACCACCAAAGCGCCUGGAACUACUAAAAAUCCAGAAACCACAGGAGAACCUAAAACUAGUACCAGUGAAAAACCAAGCACCAGCGAAGAAUCUACUACCCGUGAAGAACCUAGUACCAGUGUAGAACCCAACACAAGUGAAAAACCAACUACAACUGAGGAGUCUAGUAGCACUGCGGAAUCUAGUACCAGUGAAGAGCCAAGCACUACCAAAGAACCUACUACAACUGAGGAGCCUAGUAGCACUGCGGAAUCUAGUACCAGUGAAGAACCCAGCACUAGUAAAGAACCCACCACAACUGAGGAGUCUAGUACCAGCGAAGAGCCUACCACCAGGAGGGAGCCUACUACAAGUGAGGAACCUAAUACCAGUGAAGAGCCAAGCACUACCAAAGAACCUACUACAACUGAGGAACCUAGUAGCACUGCGGAACCUAGUACCAGUGUAGAACCCAACACUAGUGAAAAACCUACUACAACUGAGGAGUCUAGUAGCACUGCGGAACCUAGUACCAGUGAAGAGCCAAGCACUACCAAAGAACCUACUACAACUGAGGAACCUAGUAGCACUGCGGAACCUAGUACCAGUGUAAAACCUAGCACUAGUGAAGAACCUACUACAACUGAGGAGUCUAGUACCAGCGAAGAGCCUACCACCAGAAGUGAGCCUACUACAAGUGAAGAACCCAGCACUAGCGAAGAACCAACUACCACUGGAGAACCAAGUACCAGCGAUGAACCUAUAACCAGUGAGGAAUCCAGUACUAAUGAAGAACUAAGCACCAGCGAAGAACCUAAUACAACUGGGGAGACUAGUACCAGUGAAAAACCAACUACCACUGAAGAACCAAGUACCAGUGAUGAAUCUACUACAAAUGAAGAGCCUAGUACCACCAAUGAAUCUACAACCAGUGAAGAACCAACUACAACUGAGGAGCCUAGUACCAGUGAUGAAUCUACUACAAAUGAAGAGCCUAGUACCAGCGAUGAAUCUACAACCAGUGAAGAACCAACUACCACUGAAGAACCAAGUACCAGUGAUGAAUCUACUACAAGUGAAGAGCCUAGUACCAGCGAUGAAUCUACAACCAGUGAGGAAUCCAGUACCAGUGAAGAACCAAGCACUAGCGAAAAACCUACUACAACUGAGGAGCCUAGUACCAGUGAUGAAUCUACUACAAAUGAAGAGCCUAGUACCAGCGAUGAAUCCACAACCAGUGAAGAACCAACUACCACUGAAGAACCAAGUACCAGUGAUGAAUCUACUACAAAUGAAGAGCCUAGUACUAGCGAUGAAUCCACAACUAGUGAAGAACCAACUACCACUGAAGAAACAAGUACCAGUGAUGAAUCUACUACAAAUGAAGAGCCUAGUACCAGCGAUGAAUCUACAACCAGUGAAGAACCAACUACCACUGAAGAAACAAGUACCAGUGAUGAAUCUACUACAAAUAAAGAGCCUAGUACUAGCGAUGAAUCCACAACCAGUGAAGAACCCAGAACCAGUGAAGAACCAACAACCACUGAAGAACCAAGUACCAGUGAUGAAUCUACUACAAGUGAAGAGCCUAGUACCAGCGAUGAAUCUACAACCAGUGAAGAACCAACUACCACUGAAGGACCAAGUACCAGUGAUGAAUCUACUACAAGUGAAGAGCGUAGUACCAGCGAUGAAUCUACAACCAGUGAGGAAUCCAGUACCAGUGAAGAACCAAGCACUAGCGAAAAACCUACUACAACUGAGGAGCCUAAUACCAGUGAUGAAUCUACUACAAAUGAAGAGCCUAGUACCAGCGAUGAAUCUACAACCAGUGAAGAACCAACUACCACUGAAGAAACAAGUACCAGUGGUGAAUCUACUACAACUGAAGAGCCUAGUACUAGCGAUGAAUCCACAACCAGUGAAGAACCAACUACCACUGAAGAAACAAGUACCAGUGAUGAAUCUACUACAAGUGAAGAGCCUAGUACCAGCGAUGAAUCUACAACCAGUGAAGAACCAACUACCACUGAAGAACCAAGUACCAGUGAUGAAUCUACUACAACUGAAGAGCCUAGUACUAGCGAUGAAUCCACAACCAGUGAAGAACCAACUACCACUGAAGAACCAAGUACCAGUGAUGAAUCUACAACAAAUGAAGAGCCUAGUACUAGCGAUGAAUCCACAACUAGUGCAGAACCAACUACCACUGAAGAAACAAGUACCAGUGAUGAAUCUACUACAACUGAAGAGCCUAGUACUAGCGAUGAAUCCACAACCAGUGAAGAACCAACUACCACUGAAGAACCAAGUACCAGCGAUGAAUCUACAACAAAUGAAGAGCCUAGUACUAGCGAUGAAUCCACAACCAGUGCAGAACCAACUACCACUGAAGGACCAAGUACCAGUGAUGAAUCUACUACAAGUGAAGAGCCUAGUACCAGCGAUGAAUCUACAACCAGUGAAGAACCAACUACCACUGAAGAACCAAGUACCAGUGAUGAAUCUACUACAAAUGAAGAGCCUAGUACCAGCGAUGAAUCUACAACCAGUGAAGAACCAACUACCACUGAAGAAACAAGUACCAGUGAUGAAUCUACUACAAAUAAAGAGCCUAGUACUAGCGAUGAAUCCACAACCAGUGAAGAACCAACAACCACUGAAGAACCAAGUACCAGUGAUGAAUCUACUACAAGUGAAGAGCCUAGUACCAGCGAUGAAUCUACAACCAGUGAAGAACCAACUACCACUGAAGAACCAAGUACCAGUGAUGAAUCUACAACAAAUGAAGAGCCUAGUACUAGCGAUGAGUCCACAACCAGUGCAGAACCAACUACCACUGAAGAAACAAGUACCAGUGAUGAAUCUACUACAAAUGAAGAGCCUAGUACCAGCGAUGAAUCUACAACCAGUGAAGAACCAACUACCACUGAAGAAACAAGUACCAGUGAUGAAUCUACUACAACUGAAGAGCCUAGUACUAGCGAUGAAUCCACAACCAGUGAAGAACCAACUACCACUGAAGAACCAAGUACCAGUGAUGAAUCUACUACAACUGAAGAGCCUAGUACCAGCGAUGAAUCUACAACCAGUGAAGAACCAACUACCACUGAAGAACCAAGUACCAGUGAUGAAUCUACAACAAAUGAAGAGCCUAGUACUAGCGAUGAAUCCACAACCAGUGAAGAACCAACUACCACUGAAGAAACAAGUACCAGUGAUGAAUCUACUACAAAUGAAGAGCCUAGUACCAGCGAUGAAUCUACAACCAGUGAAGAACCAACUACCACUGAAGAAACAAGUACCAGUGAUGAAUCUACUACAAAUGAAGAGCCUAGUACCAGCGAUGAAUCUACAACCAGUGAAGAACCAACUACCACUGAAGAAACAAGUACCAGUGAUGAAUCUACUACAACUGAAGAGCCUAGUACUAGUGAUGAAUCCACAACCAGUGAAGAACCAACUACCACUGAAGAACCAAGUACCAGUGAUGAAUCUGCUACAAGUGAAGAGCCUAGUACCAGCGAUGAAUCUACAACCAGUGAGGAAUCCAGUACUAGUGAAGAACCAAGCACUAGCGAAAAACCUACUACAACUGAGGAGCCUAGUACCAGUGAUGAAUCUACUACAAGUGCAGAGCCUAGUACCAGCGAUGAAUCUACAACCAGUGAGGAAUCCAGUACUAGUGAAGAACCAAGCACUAGCGAAAAACCUACUACAACUGAGUGGCCUAGUAGCAGUGAGGAGCCAAGAACCAGUGAAGAAUCUGCUAUAACUGAGGAGCCUAGUACCAGCCAAGCACCAAAGACCAGCGAAGAACCUUCUACAACUGAUGAAUCUAGUACAAGUCAAGAGCUGAGCACCACCGAAGAACCUCGUACCACUGAAAAAUCUCCUCCAAGUGAUGCACCCAGCACUACUGUAGAACCAAUCACCACAAACGAUCCUGCUACUAGUGAAAAAUCAACCCAUAGUGAGAAUCCGGUAACCCCUGAGAAACCUGCUACUACUGAGAAAUUGAGUACCACUGCAAAAUCCGAUACGAGCAUAACGCCAACUACACCUACACCAAGACCAUCAUUUGAAUGCCCUUAUGAGGGAUUUUUCCCGCGUCCCAAUGCUUGCAAGAAAUUCUCGUACUGUACAAUGUAUAGGGGCCAACUAAGGCAGUUUGAUCUAAAAUGCCCUCGUGGUCAAAAAUUCAACAAAGAAAACCUUUAUUGUGAUCCCGAAUCCCAUUGUAUUGAAAACGAUUACUCAUCUGAAGAGGAGCAUCGCAAAUCAUUUGAAUGCAGAGUAGAGGGCACGUAUCCUCAUCAAUAUGAUUGUACCAAAUAUUAUACAUGCAAAUGGAGCAGACAACAUCGCGCCUUCAUGCAAACGCCCAGUGUAUGCCCGAGCGGUAAAGUCUAUCUCCUCGAGACUCGAGCGUGCGGUAGAGAGAGCUUCCUGACAUGCCUGCAUCGUCCGAUUGGUUCAAAGCACCACAAUUAUGAGGAAUCAGAACAUUUCUAAAAAACUUACAGAAUCCAAGCGCGUCCAUUUUCGGUGUACUAUAUUUAUUUCACAUGUACAAUAAAAAACAUUUUAUUAA